GUUUAGAAAAACGACCUGCGAAAAAAAAUAAAAAAUUUGCAUAAAAUUAACUGCGAAUCUGAGUCUAGAUUGUGAGAAGUACAAGUAAAACAGAAGGAGAAGAAAUUGGGGAGGACGAUAGUUCAGCUUGCAUCACUCACUCCACUCUCUUGCGUAGAUACGAGAGUGCCACUUUUCGCUAACGCACAGCCUCAGCAAUCUUCCAUCUCUCAUUUCAAGUGUUAAAUACUGCUGUAGCUUGGAGAUUUAUGGAUACACAGCGCGACAAUGGAUCGGCUUAGUGGUUCUGCAUCUCUCAUGAUAGUGUCAGAUCUUGAUUUUACAAUGGUUGACCAUCUUGAUCAAGAGAACCUCUCUCUUCUUAGAUUCAAUGCUCUAUGGGAAGCCUAUUACCGACAAAAUUCUCUGCUUGUUUUCUCUACUGGGAGGUCACCUACAAUCUAUAAACAGUUAAAGAAUGAGAAGCCUUUGUUGACCCCUGAUAUAGCUAUAAUGUCUGUUGGAACUGAGAUUAUGUAUGGUGAAUCAAUGAUAAGAGAUGAUGACUGGGAAAAAUAUCUGAAUCACAAGUGGAACAAGGAAAUAGUCUUGGAGGAAACGGCCAAGUUUCCUGACCUUACUCCUCAGGCAGAAACAGAGCAAAGACCGCACAAGGUAAGCUUUUUUGUGGAGACUAUAAAAGCCUUGGAAAUUAUAAAGACUCUCAGAGAACUUCUAGAGAACCGUGGGCUUGAUGUGAAAGUGAUAUACAGCAACGCAAAGGCUUUGGAUAUUUUACCCAAGCGUGCGGACAAAGGACAAGCUCUUUCAUAUCUGCUGAAAAAAUUUAUAGCUAAUGGAAAAGUGCCUAUCAGUACUCUUGUGUGUGGUGACUCUGGUAAUGAUGCUGAACUCUUCAGCAUUCCUGAAGUAUAUGGUGUGAUGGUUAGCAAUGCCCAGGAGGAAUUAUUACAGUGGCAUGCAGGUAAUGCAAAGAAUAAUUCUAAAAUAAUUCAUGCAACAGAAAGAUGUGCAUCUGGGAUCAUACAAGCUAUUGGAAGCUUUAGACUCGGUCCAAAUGUUUCUCCAAGAGAUAUUAAGGACAUCCAAACAUGCAAAGGGGAAAUUUUUGGUCCCACUCAUGAAGUUGUGAAGUUUUAUUUGUUUUAUGAGAGAUGGCGAAAUGCAGAAGUUGAGAAAUCCAUUGAAUAUAUGAAAAUUUUGAGAUUAGUACUUUUUCCAUUGGGCACUUUUGUCCAUCCCUCAGGAGUUGAGCAAUCUGUUGAGCACUGCAUAGAAGCAAUGACAAGGUUGUAUGGAGAUAAGCAAGGAAAGCAAUAUCGGGUUUGGUUGGAUCAAGUGUCUGCAGCACAAGUUGGUUCAGACACAUGGCUUGUGAAGUUCUAUAAGUGGGAGUUGUCAGGGGCGGAGAGGCAUUGCUGUUUGACUACCGCCUUGCUUAGCUCAAAGGUAUAUCUGGAAACAAUUCUCUUCAUUUUCGUGGUCAUUUCCCUCCUUUAUCUACCGCUGAAUGGUGUCAUGGCCAAGGUACCGGAUGGUUUCACAUGGAUGCACAUGCAUCAGACUUGGUUGGAUGGUUCAGCACCAGAAAAGCAAACAACUUGGUUAUUCUAGGUUUCCAAUCAGAUAUUUGAAGGCCUGUCAUUAAUGGGCAUGCAUCAAGUGCAACUCUGCAAAAGUGGGAGAAGCAAGUGUCAUUCGCUGGUCUUUAUGUCCCCGAAGGAUGUUGGCGAUAUUUUGUCUCCUCUGAUUCUGCAGCCUUGUAUAUAUAAUUCGUCAUUUCUCACUGGAGUUGCUUUCAAGGCUGUCAGAUAUCUAGUUUAAACUCUUUUACUUGAAUUUAUAUUUUAAUUAAUCGUAUGCAAUAAUCUUUUCUUUUUGAUUUGCAUGCAUAAUGCUCAAAAGGGAGAGAGUUCAAGGAAAGAAAAGGAUGUAGUGAUUUGAAAUUGUUGGUAUAUUUAACUAGAGACGCUUACAAUUUUUUUCUUAGUA